GGCUGAUGGGAUUGUGGUGAUGUGGCCCCACCCCUUCCCCCCUCCCUGCCCCGGGAUGUCGGAAGAGACCAGGCAGAAGAAAUUGGCUGCGGCCAAGAAAAAGUUGAGAGAGUUUCAGCAGAAGAACAGCCCUGGUGGUCCUGCAGUAGUAAAGAAGAAGAAAAAGCUGAAAAAUGGCAGUAACCCUGAGACAAGCACUGCUGGUGAUGACCAUUCACCCGAAGACAUUCAGGACAUUCUGAAGGUGCUGGUGUCCGACCUUAACCGUUCCAAUGGGGUAGCGCUCCCCUCAUUGGACAGAUGGCAGGCACCCAAAGACCAUGCUGCUUCUGCACCACCUUCUGCUGCUUAUGACACUGUGUCACCUGGCGGUGUCCCUUCCUCAGGCACUACUCUUACUAGUGUGGCGUCACUUCAGAACUAUGAUGCUGACAGCGAGCCUAAUGUCAUGGAUGAAACCAAGACUUUUUCAUCCACAGAGAGCCUGCGACAACUUUCCCAGCAGCUCAAUGGUCUUUUGUCUGAGUCAACAUCCUACGUCAAUGGGGAGGGCCUCACAUCUGCUAACAUGAAGGAUCUAGAGAGCCGGUACCAAGAGCUAGCAGUAGCCCUGGACUCCAGCUAUCUAACAAACAAACAACUCAGUAGCAAGAUAGAGGAAUUGAAACAGCAGAACCAAGAUACUGUGCAGCAGCUGGAAAAAGAGAAGCAGGAGUCUCAGCAGAAGUUGGCAAAGGAGCAGGUGGCUCUGCGGGAACAGCUGCAGGUUCACAUUCAGACCAUAGGCAUCUUGGUUUCUGAAAAGGCAGAAUUACACACUGCCCUGGCACACACUCAGCAGGCAGCCAGGCAGAAAGCAGGAGAGUGUGAAGAUCUUGCCGGGCGCCUGAAGUCUUCGAGGCAGCGUGUGGGAGAGCUGGAGAAGACGCUGUCUGCUGUCUCUACGCAGCAGAAGCAGGUGGAAAAGUACAACAAGGAGCUAACGGAGGAACGGGACACCCUCAGGCUGGAGUUAUUCAAGAACAACAAAAGCAAUGAGGAUCUGAAGCAGCACAACUCAGAACUAGAAGAGAGGCUCCGAGUCCUCACAGCAGAGAAUGCAGCCAGCCAGCUGGGAGUGGACGAGCUGCAGAAGAAGCUGGAGAUGUCUGAGCUGCUUCUGCAGCAGUUCUCAAGUGGGUCUGCAUCCACUGACGGUGACCAGCAGUUCCAGCAGGCCCUGGAGGACCGGGCGCGGCUGGAGACACAAGUGGCGCAGCUGACGGAAUCACUGAGACAACUGCAGCUGGAGAGAGAGCAGUACACGGAGAACCGGAAGGAAGAGCGGUCCAUGUGGCAGCAGAGGAUGCGGCAGAUGUCAGAGCAGGUGCACACACUGAAGGAGGAGAAGGAGCGCAGCGUGAGUCAGAUACGGGAGCUGGAGAGCAGUGUGGCUGAACUGAGGAGCCAGCUGGUGGAGCCCCCAGGCCCAGAGCCUCCGGCUGGGCCCUCUGAGGAGGAGCAGCGGCUGCAAGCUGAAGCCAAGCAGCUGCAGAAGGAGGUGGAGCGCCUGACAGGACAACUCCAAGCCCAGGUGCAGGACAAUGAGAGCCUGAGUCGCCUGAACCGGGAGCAGGAGGAGCGGCUGCUGCAGCUGGAGCGUGAGGCCGAGGUGUGGGGCGAGCAGGCGGAGGAGCGCAGGCGGAUCCUGGAGAGCAUGCAGAGUGACCGCACCACCAUCAGCCGCGCAGUCUCGCAGAACCGGGAGCUGAAGGAGCAGCUGGCCGAGCUGCAGGACGGCUUUGUUAGGCUGACCAACGAGAACGUGGAGAUGACCAGUGCACUGCAGUCAGAGCAGCAUGUUAAGAAGGAGCUGGCCAAGAAGCUGGGGCAGCUGCAGGAGAAGCUGGCAGAGCUCACAGACAUGAUGGACCUGAAGAACCAGGAGGUUCAGGGUCUGCAGCAGCAGCGAGAGCAACUUCUGUCCCAGCUGCAGCAGUAUGCAGCUGCCUGGCAGCAGGUGGCUUCCGAGAAGGAGGCACUGCACAGGCAGUUCCUGGUGCACACUCAGCUCCUGGACCAGCUGCAGCAUGAGCAGAUGCAGGGCAAGACGGCUGAGGACAGGGCCCGCCAGGAGCUGCAGGAGACGCAGGAGCGCCUGGAGGCCACCACCCAGCAAAACCAGCAGCUGCAGGCCCAGCUCAGCCUCCUGGCCUUGCCCCAUGGAGGAACUGAGGUGGACCAGGAGGACAAGGAGGAGGAGGAGGAGGCUCCUCUGCCCGAUGUGACCAUCCCAGAGGACUUAGACAGCCGAGAGGCCAUGGUGGCAUUUUGUAAUGCAGCUCUUGCCAGUGCCCGUGAAGAGCAGGUGCGGAUGCUUGGGCAGCUGAGGGAGCAGAGAGCUCAGUGCCGGCGCCUCGUCCACUUGGCAGUUGCAUCUCAGAGUGAGCCUGAGAAGGUGGCCCUGGCCCCCGGGAGUGGAGGUGACAGUGUGCCUGUGGAGAGCCAUCAGGCGCUACAGGUGGCCAUGGAGAAGCUGCAGAGCCGCUUCCUGGAGGUCAUGCGGGAAAAGGCAGAGCUCAAAGAACGGGUGGACGAGCUGGAGCAUCGCUGCAUCCAGCUCUCUGGGGAGACAGACACCAUUGGGGAGUACAUUGCCCUCUACCAAAAUCAGAGGGCAGUGCUGAAGGAGCGGCACCGGGAGAAGGAGGAGUACAUCAGCCGGCUGGCCCAGGACAAGGAAGAGAUGAAGGUGAAGCUGCUGGAGCUGCAGGAGCUGGUGCUGAGGCUGGUGGGUGAGCGCAAUGAGUGGCACGGCAGGUUCCUGGCAGCUGCCCGCAGCCCUGCUGAGGAGCCCCCUCCAGGGACCAAAGAUGCCCAUGAACUUGGUGCUGCCAUGGCUGAGCAGGGUGACCUCCGCGAGGUGAGCCUGGCCGACAGCGCUGAGCCUGCACAGGGAGCCACUGGGCUGGACUCUGCCCCUGAGAACCCCACGGCGAGGCAGAUUAUGCAGCUGCUGCGUGAGAUCCAGAACCCUGAGGAGCGCCCAGGCCUGGGCAGCAACCCCUGCAUCCCCUUCUUCUACCGGGCAGACAAGAACGAUGAGGUGAAGAUCAUGGUGAUCUGAAGAGACUGGGCACCAGACCUGG